UGUAAAAUUUUAACCACACAAAUCCUUAAAAAUACAUUAAAUUAUGAUCCAUGUAUUUUUUAAAGCAACCAAGUAUUUUCCAUAUCUUUAAUUUGAAAUGAAGCAAAAUAUAAUUUUUUUUCAAAAAUUAAAAAUAAAUAAAUAAAUAAAAAAGGGAGGCUAGAAUUAAAAGUCAAAAUGCUGGCAUACUCCAAAGCAAGAAAGAUCCGGGGAACCUGCCAAACACCCUCCUUCAAAACUCUUCCUUUUUCCAUUUUUCGUAACUCUCUUACACAAUUACAGAAUUACUCUCUUCCUGUAUCCUUGUCCCUCUUUCAGAGAUCUCAAUUCCUUCUUCAAUGGCGGAAGUUUCUUUCCUCCAUUUCCCUGAAGAUGACCACGAUUUGUUCGUUGAACACGACGUUUUCUUUGAAGAAUUCUCCACCCUCGAUUCCUUCCCCUAUUCCUUCUCUCCUCGCCGACUCGGCGGCAGCCAUGAAAGCGACGAUUUCUUCGCACCCAGUUCUUCCAAUCGGAGUGUCGGACAAUCGGGUGUUGUUGAGGGUAUUAUGGAAGAUAGGAAAAAUCAGGUAAAUUUUGUAAUUGAUUUGUUACAUGAACAAGUUGAGCAAUCUCAUAUUGUGGGGUGUGAUGAUUUUGUUUCUGAUGUUGUAAAUGAUUUGAAUUUUGGGGUUAUUGAGGAGAAUUAUGAUGUGGGUGUUGAUGCUUUGGAUUUGGAAUUGCGAUUAGGGUUAGGGUUAGGGUUAGGGUUAGAAGAUGGUGAUGGUGAUGAUUGUAAUUGUGGUGGGUUUGUUGUUUCUGAAUGUGGGGAUGAGUUUUAUAUUGCUAGGAGAGAGACUGGUACUAGUACUGUGAAUUGGAAUGAUUGUGAGAAUGAGAAUGGUAAUGAUAAUGAUGAUGAAGAUGAGAUUCCGAGUGGUUUGGCGAGAAUUGGUGGAUUAAUGAUGGUUGGUGUCGAUUCCGAUUCCGAAGAGGAGGGGAAUGGAGUGUGGAGGAUUCAUGUGCAUUCAGAGGAAGAAGAUUAUGAGGUUGAUGAUGUGAAUGAUGAUGAAAGUAUACCACUAUGUUGGGACUCACUCAAUUUGGAGGAGGUUGAUCAAGGUGGGGUUGCUGUCGAUUUCGAGUGGGAAGAGGUGGAUGAUAGAGUUGAUGAGAGGGAAAUCUUGAGUGUUGCUGCUGAUGCUGAAGGAGAAGGGUCCGGGUCUAUAUCGGUUUGGGCCUAUUCGGGGCCUGAGGAAGACGGGGUUGGAGAAAGAGAAAGAGGGAGAGGGUUGAGGAAUUCGGAAUGGGAGGUGUUGCUCAAUGCUAACCAUAUUGGGAGGAAUUCUGAGAUGAUUGAAAAUGAUAAUGAUGCUUACUUUGAUGAUCAUGAUAAUAUUUUUCAUGCUGCCGAGUAUGAGAUGAUGUUCGGGCAGUUUCCAGAGAGUGAGAACACUUACUUGAGUCGCCCCCCUGCUUCAAAGUCUGUUGUUGAGAAACUCCCCUCGGUGAUUACUACUAAAGAGGAUGUGCUGAAUGAGAAAGCACUUUGUGCUGUUUGUAAGGAUCAGAUUGAGGUUGGGGAGGAGGGAAAGCAGUUGCCUUGUUCACAUCGGUUUCAUGGUGAUUGCAUCCUCCCUUGGCUUGGGAUUCGAAACACUUGUCCUUUAUGUCGGUACGAAUUGCCUACAGAUGACCCUGAUUACGAGCAGAGGAGGGUCCGGAGAGCAGCUCGUGUCCAGUAAGUUCUCUAAAUCAGGUCAGAAAGAACUCAAUAUUAUAGGUUCUGCACAAUGUAGAUAGGAGAUUUUCCUGAAAGACAUAUAUGUUUUGGGUAUCUAUAGCUGAAAUUUGAUUUAAUUUGUAUAUGCUUCGUUGAAGGAUUCUUUGUCGUUAGAUUGUAGUAUCUUGAUUUUGUAUGUUUAUAUGUGAGGUGUGAACCCCAUUCAUACAAUUUCGAUUUUACAGUGUUUGGUGUGUAAUUUUAUCUUUGAGACUUUGAAACAGUCUCAUUGAGCAAUACUGUCAUCAUUUCACUGACAAAUUAUACUACUUGUAUUAAAGAUAUUGGAAUUUUUAAAAAUGCUUUAAUUGAU